AUGUCCAACUUAAUACUAAAACCUACAAAGCAUAAUCCAAGAGGUAUUCCAGAGGCCCCAUUUAUUGAAAAGGUGGAAGAUUAUGUUAAAUCUCCACAGGAAUUUGACCAGGUAUUCCAAGCUUUCCAAGAACGUUUGCAACAAUACAAAUUCAUGAUGGAAUCCAAGGAAAAUACAGUCAAAGAUUUGAAAAGGAGAGUACCUGGAUUAAAAGAUAAUUUGAAAAUAUGUCAAAUGUUAAAAUCAAAAAAUCAAAAUGAUGACGAUGACGAUGACGAUGAAGAUUUUAUCGAAGUUAAUUAUAAGCUAAAUGAAACUUUGUACACUAAAGCCGUUAUCAAGAAGGAAAAUAUGGAUAAGGUGGCAUUAUUUUUGGGUGCAGAUAUUAUGAUGGAAUAUUCAAUUGAUGAGGCUAUUGAAUUAUUAAAAGAAAAAAUAAAAGACUCAAAGAAAAAUUUAGAAAUUGCACAGGAAGAUUGUGAAUUUUUAAGAGAAAAUAUAACUACAAUGGAAGUCAACACAGCUAGACUGUAUAAUUGGGACGUAGAAAGAAGACAAAAGGAAAGAAAAGAAUCCGAUUAA